AUGUUAUCUAAUUUAAAAUCAACAUUUCGUGCCUUGGAAAAUAAGGAUGGUUACAGAUGCACAAUUGAUCCAUUUCGCUCAUCCACACUAUACAUCAGAAUGAUACAGAGAAGGAAAUUAAAAAGUAAUGAGGAAAGUUCAGUGUUAGAUCAUUCCUUAUUGAAAGAUAUUGGUGAAGAAAAAGGAAACGAAAUAGAUGUACACGAUGAAACCUUCAUUAAGUUUAGGGGAAAAAAGCGAAAAAUUACAAAACGUGAAUUGGAUUGCAUACAUUAUCGACUUAUCAAUGAACGUGUUGUAAAUGACGUUACUUUGGAGUUUUUCUACAAACCGCGAACUGUUACAGUACUUAUUAUAAUUUGUGCACUGCUUGUUAUUCUACUUGAAAGCAUUAAAAUUAUAAAUGACUCCACUUCGGGAAAUAACGUUUAUGCUGGCAUUACCGCUGCAGUUGUCUUAUUUCUUGUUGUCAGUGCACUUACUUUUCCAAAUGGUCCAUUUAUUCGUCCGCAUCCGGUAUUCUGGCGUAUUAUUUUUGGUAUGAGUGUUCUGUACAUAGUAGUGCUUCAGUUCACAUUGUUUCAGAACUUUCGGGACAUUAAAGAAGUACUGAAAUGGCUUGAUCCAGAAGGCCUAAGCAAAGACAAAUUAGAAGAAAAAGAAUAUGCAGUUAAUUGCUCUGAUAUCACAUUAGAAAGAUUUUGGAGUUAUAUGGAUAUAUUUGCAGUGGGUCAUUUUGUUGGUUGGGCCAUGAAAGCAUUACUUAUACGUCAUUCUAUCAUUUGUUGGUAUAUCAGUAUUGCUUGGGAAUUGACUGAAGUUUUGUUUGCCCAUUUAUUACCAAAUUUUCAAGAGUGUUGGUGGGACGCGAUUGUUUUAGACAUUUUACUUUGCAAUGGACUGGGAAUAUGGUUUGGAAUAUGGUUAUCACGUUUUUUUGAAAUGCGUCAGUUUCAUUGGGAAAGCAUCAAGGAUAUCAAAACAACUCGAGGAAAGUUUAAGCGUGCUGUACUUCAGUUUACGCCUGAAAGUUGGAUGAAAGUAAAUUGGUAUAAUAACUGUGCUCUCAGAAGAGCUUUGGCAAUUUAUGGUUUUGUAUUAAUUUGGUUGAUUACGGAGUUAAAUACUUUUUUCCUGAAGCACAUAUUUGCGGUUGAUACUUCCCAUUCAUUGGUGCUUUCAAGGAUUAUUUUAAUUGCCUUUAUAUCGGCGCCGACAAUUCGUCAGUUCUAUUUGUUCGCCACUGAUCCCCGCAUCAAACGCAUGGGCAUGCAGAGUUGGGUUUACUUAGCUAUUUGUACUCUGGAAGCUUCUAUUUGCAUCAAAUUUGGUCGAUCACAGCUUCCUUCCAUCAAAUUUACUAUGAUUAUUUGGUGGAUCUGUUUCAUGGCUCUCGGCACGUUUGCAUCCGUGUGGAUGUCGGUAUGGUGGGUGAAGACUUUCACGGAAACAAAAAAAGUAAAUAUAGGUGGUUGCUUGCGGGACUGUUAUUUAGAUUCCAGUCAUGAAAACCUUGGUGCACUUGCAGAUGAAGUGAAGGCUCGCAGAAAGCGAUUGCACAUAUCCGAGUCUGAUUAUACUGCAUAG